AUGUAUCCAGGCACUACGACAUUUGGUGAUGUCCUACCAGAAGCGCACUUAAGAAAAAUGGGUAGCAGUGAAGGACAACAGACGUUCUGCCUGAAGUGGAACCACCACAAAACCAAUCUGGUGGAGAUUCUGGAGGCACUCAUCAAAGUCGAGACUUAUGUCGACUGCACUCUGGUCGUAGAUGAUCAGGUCACCUUCAAGGCGCACCGAGUCGUGCUUGCAGCCAACUCCCCGUACUUUCAGUCCAUUUUGGCUGAUGUGCCCAUGGACCAUUGCAGCAUCCUCUUCCCCGGCGUCAAGGACUUCGAGAUGCGCGCCCUUCUCGAGUACAUGUACACGGGCGAAGUAAACGUGACUCAAGCGCACAUCCCACGCAUUAUGAAAGUGGCAGAGGAGCUGGAGGUUAAGGGGCUGUUCGACAUGACAGAGUUACGUCGUCGGCCGGGCAGCAGCGAGCGCACGCCGACUGAAACGCCGCCAUUACCUCACGUUCGCUGCAGAUUAGCUCUAGUCGGAGCACCGUGCGGUGCCACUGCGACGUCUUCGUGGCGUCACGGCGCACCGUGCUAA